UAGGACUUGUUGAUGGGAAAGAUUUGUUCAUCUGGGGUAUAUAGACUGAAUCUAGGGACCAUGGCUUCCUAUCGUUUUUUUUCUUUGAGCGUGUGGAAAGAAUUUGUGCUGUAUGUCAGUGGCGUUACUUUCCUUUUCCCCUUUACGCACUGAUCGUCGUACAUCCAUCUCCCGCGCCUUGGGCUUUAUGGGAACAUCCACUGGGUCGAACUGUCAGCUGAUCGCCGGGGGAUAUAAGUUUAUAUAUUUGUAUGCAGCUUGUCACACAAUGCAGACGUCAUCUCCACCGGAUUUCGAUCAGCUUUGGUGAUCUUUUUUUUUUUUUUUUUUUCCUCUGGCUCCGAUUUCGCGCCCUGUUGGAAGCGUGGAAUGCAGUGAAGAAAAUAUGUUGGGAGAACGUUAUCCGGCAGAUCGGCAGGUAGUUGGUCUAAGUUUGCAGUAAUUUAGCCUACUGCAUCAAUGUAUAACUCUACCACGGGUGCUGAUCAGUCACCGCAGGGUCGCUGUCGCGGAUUGCUUCUUGCAAACUUGAGUUCGUUUUGCCCGGUGCUGCUGUGCCUUCCCUCGAGUGGGGAUCUUCGUAGGAGGCUCCUGUAUUUGCUUGAUUGCUGGCGGCGCACAUGCACUGGCGUCCCCACAGCCUCCCAACACAACGACUUCUGAUAGAGCAACCUCGUCUGGAAGGAAAAAGAGAAAAAACAGGGCGAAAGGAGGAAAGAGUGGGUGAAUGUGCUGUGAGAACGCUGCAGCCGGUACUGGACAUUUUAAGGAGGCGAUGCUACUGAACAUGUCUCAGACAAUGAACAAACACAUCAAUUUGCAGGUAUGAAUGAUCCUCUGAGAUCUCGGUCCGCGUGAGUUUGGCAUAGCUGUUCAUCAAGACUAUAUGAUGCAUGUAUGGAAUUACGCAUAAACUGAUCUAAUUUUUUCCAUCAUGUCCUAUCAUUUUUCGAGUGAUGAUAACAUCUGUUUUAAUAUCGCACUUAGCAUGUAGUAUUUGGACAAAAAAGAAAACCAGUCCCCCCAAAAAAUAUAUUUGACAUUUCACAUCACGGAACGGACCACUUAACCGCCACUAUGGGACUGUGACCCGGGCUGCGAGCUCUGAGAGGCGGCUGUUUGUGUAGUCUGUGCUCCGUGUGCAGACUGGACCUGAGCAGUUGUGACAUUUUGAGCCAUGGCUGCUGCUAUUGCAAGUGGGCUGAUCAGACAGAAGAGACAGGCACGGGAGCAGCAUUUAGAUCGGCCCUCGACCAACCGACGGAGGAAGAGCCCCAACAAGAACAAGGGGCUCUGCAAUGGGAACCUGGUCGACAUCUUCUCUAAAGUGCGCAUCUUCGGCCUCAGGAAGCGGAGACUACGGAGACAAGAUCCCCAGCUUAAGGGUAUAGUAACCAGGUUAUAUUGCAGGCAGGGAUACUACUUGCAAAUGAACCCAGAUGGCUCUCUUGAUGGGACCAAGGAUGACAGCAGUAAUUCCUCUUUGUUCAACCUUAUUCCUGUGGGCCUCAGAGUUGUCGCCAUUCAGUCCGUGAAGACCGGGUUAUACAUCGCCAUGAACGGGGAGGGCCAUCUGUACACAUCAGAACUCUUCACAGCGGAGUGCAAGUUCAAAGAGUCGGUAUUUGAGAACUACUAUGUGAUCUACUCGUCCAUGUUGUACAGACAACAGGAGUCGGGGAGAGCUUGGUUCCUAGGGCUAAAUAAAGACGGUCAAGCCAUGAAGGGGAACCGAGUGAAAAAAACAAAACCAGCUGCUCACUUCCUGCCCAAGCCAUUAGAAGUUGCCAUGUACAGAGAGCCAUCGUUGCAUGAUGUUGGAGAGACAGUGCCCAAGGCAGCAGUACCUCCUAGUAAAAGCACAAGUGAGCCAGCAGUGAUGAACGGAGAUCCAGGCGAACCUCCCUUCCUCUCUUCUCUUGCUCCUUUCUUUUUCUCCGCCUCACCCUCCCCUUCUCCAGCUGUCUCAACAUGAGCGCAUGGAUUCUGAGGCGGCUGAGAAUUUCCAGCACAGGAGGGAAGGGGACCUCUGAUCAUGGAAUGCCUUUAGAUUCCUCUGAAACUGUGAGAAUUCAUGUGAAUAACACGUUUUACAACCACACUCGUGGUACUUUGCUUGCUGACAGUUAUUUCCAGAAACUCUCCCUCUCUUUAAUGCCCUGUUACAGCAGAGUCUAUGUACCUUCAGAUCUAUUUUCUAUACCACAGUUCACCAGCUAUGUUCUGGGAUAGAGACUGUAUAGAUAGAUUAAAUAUUUGGACUGUUGUCCUCUAUUUUUUAAGAGUAUGUUCCCCUCUCCCUCUCUUUCUAUCUCCACUCACACACUUUUCUCUUUGUCAAGUAACCUAGAAAAGAUAAAAACAUUUUUCAAGGGAGUUGUGUGAUUUUCUUAGAAAUACAUUCACACAGAUGUGGCAUAAAAACAUUUAUGAAACAACUUAUUUAAAUUUCCAUCUCACUUACAACAUGCACACACACUUACAAGACACAUACAGUUUGCGGGGAAAAAGCAGAGAUGUUGCUUCUUACAGCUGAUAAAAACACACUGGAGGCUGACCGAUACAGUAGCUCAUGCAGUCAUAGUUGAUUAAGUGCUAAUUACCUCCACUGCAAUCAAUGCGAAGAGCUCCCUACACACAUACACACAUACACACACACACACACACACACACAUUUAUAAACAGAUGUGUGUGUGGGUGGGAGAGCGCUGUAAGGAAUGGUGUAUACAUAUCACUAUCUAUGUCCCACCAGCGGUUCAGUCCGCCUUCUCUGGUAAAAGAAAUCCUGAAUUCUAUUUUUCUUUAAUCUUAUUUCAGAGCGUGGGCUCUAGGAAUAUCUCUAGGCCUUGUAGGCCUCUGUCCCUUACUCACCGACUUCUUUGGACUAUGAGGCUAGGCUUGUGGCUUUGACCCAGAUGGUCUAUUACUGCAGCACUGGCAGCCAUCUUAUGGCAGCGUCUUCUUAAAGCCAGAAAACAACAUGGCUGAAAACCAGUAGGUGAAAUUUAUACUGGCUGCAUCCCUAUUUGGUUCAGCAAACUAGAGCAUGGGCAAGAUUAAUAUUGUGUUCUCUCUUCUUGCAGCAGUUGUACAAGAGAUGGCUUGUAUUGUAACAUUUUCACUGUAUAAAACUUAGGGAAAAUGACUAUUCUAAAUCAUAACUUUUUAAAUGACUAGAUAUUGUUAUUAUGAUUAUUAUUAUGAGAGGAUUUGUCCCCUAGCUCAGCAUGCAGAGUCCAGUACUGAUCAUCUUGGCCUAUCACGUGGCUGUUUGGACCUUGAUUCCCGGCAUGCAAAAAAAGGUUCCCAGUCUCCACUGGGCCAAAGGUGCCUCACCCACCCAAUACAUCCAUGUAUAGGACACGUAGCAUUAUCCAUGGAAAAACCACACUAAGAUGGAUUCAUUCUGAAAUGACCAAAGUCUUUUUUCUUUUCAUCCCAAGACGAACUGAUUCCUUACAAAAGAAAACAAAUCUGAUUCAAUUUCUUGAAAGCUUUCACUGUGAUAGCAUUUUGCUCUGUCCGAAAGAAUCAACUGCGCCCAGACCCCCAAUGGUCUUUGACUGAUGUCAUUUUGGAGAAGUAUGAAUACCUUGAAUUAAUCACAUGCAUGUAUUUUCUAUAGUGAACAAGGUAUAUGGUUAACGUUCUUCACCCACAGCUAAGCUGAAGGUAACCCAUUGCAUUUUCUGUUUUUGCAUUGUCAUCAUGACGUUAGCAGUUUAUUAAAGCUCUGUUGGAUCAAUCAAUGUAUUUAUUUAUCUUGCUUUAUUGAUUUUUUUCAAAUAGUUUUUUUUGAUAAGGUUUAGAAUAUCAAGUAGAUUGUUACUGCUGUGUGCUGCUAAAACUGCAAUUACAUCAAGAAAUAGAUUUGGUAAAUAUAAUUUUCUGAGUUUAUUGGGAUUACAUAUGGUCAUUUGUUGUUAUAGCACAUCAAAGCACAUUAGUUAGAAUUCAAGUUCUGUCUGUACAAAGCUGUUAAUAACAAAAAUGUUGUACUGUACACACAAAGGAGCUAGAAACCACUGUAGUUGUAUUUGGGGCUGAUGUUCUGUCCUCAUUACAGCCUAUCAUCUCUUCACUCGUACAAACUCUACAUGCUGGGCUGGCUGCUGCUCCAGCCCUGCAGUCCAGAUAACUGGCUCCUCUGAGGCUAACUUUAUUUUUGUAAAUGAACGGUGUGCAAAUGUAUAUCUCUGUUUGGAUCUUUUUUGGUUCGUCCUUAUUUUCUCUUGUAUACGGGUCGUGCGUGAUGUCGUCUGCUGUUACCAAUCAUGUUUGCUUUGUUCUGCCUAUCUUCAGAUAUGUUUCAAGAAUGUUCUAGCAAACUUACUUUCUUUGUUGCUUCUGUUCUCAACCUCUUUUUUUUGUACAUUGUCCCAUCUGUUGCAUGGGGAGAGGAUGGCAUUGAUGAACUGCAUGUAGUAGGCUAUGUCUGUUAAGAACUGUUGGUAUGUACCGCUAAUUUUACAUACAUAUAUGCAACCAGUUUGUCUACACUAUACAGUUUGUUUGUUGUAUACACACAUACAACAUAUUGAAUACAAUAUUUAUAUAAAAGGUGUACUGUAAUGUCAGUAACAUACUUAAUGCAAUAUAGUGUGCAGUAUAUUAUUGCACCUGUCAUUUCUUGAUGGGACAAAGAAAACAGAGGGAUUGGCUAGUUUAAGCAUGAAAAAGGCCAAAGUAGAAUUUACAUUAAAUUUUCUUUGUGACUUCUUAUCGGUCCUCUUUUCAAGUGGUGACUGAGCUCUUGUGUCAAUGCAGCUCUCAUCCCCUGAUGCCACCUUUUGAAGUGACAUGGACAUCCAGCAUGCCACAACUGAACUAUGUAUGCCCUCUCUCUGUUUCCUCCACUUACAAUUUUUCCUUGUCACUAGUAUAUGUUGAGUGAGAAAUGUCCAUCAUGUACCUUCAGUACAGUGCGGCUUUCAUGUCUGAUUGUUGGAUUUCCCGGGGGAGAAGAUUAGGCACUAUUAUGAUUUUUCACCCAAAAAAAAAAAAAAUACAUAUAUAUAAUAUAUACCUUAGCAAGUAUGCCCAUUGGAGUUAUGUCAUGUUAUAACAAAUUUGUAACCAUGUAUGAUUAAGGUCUUCGCAUUGUUUUCCAUGCAAAAUGUUGUGUCAUGCUGCACAUUAAAUGUUUUAUUAUUAAAAAGAAAUAAAAACCUCAAACA